AUGGUCAUUUCCAAAUACCCCGUCUUCUCCCGCUUCAUCCUCCGAACGCACCACCUCUCGAGCUCCUCCUCCGGUCCCGACGAUCCCUCCGCCCUACUCCGAGUAUGCACGGUCCUCUUCCAGCAGCAGAACUCCAGCGACGAGCGCCUCCACUCCUUCCUCCGCGCCAUCGACUUCGACCUCUCGCACGAGUUCUUCCUCCAGAUCUGCAACCGGUUCCCCUGCUCGUGGCGCCCCGUCCUCCGCUUCUUCCGCUACGCCGAUGGGUGCUCUACCGAUCCCCGCAGCCGGCACUCCUUUUCCCUCACCCCCGUCGCCGUCAACAAGAUGAUCGACAUCAUUGGCAAGUCCAAGAACAUCCAGCUCCUGUGGGACUUCCUCGGAGAGAUGGCCCCCAGGCAGGGGCUGGUGAAUCUGAGGAGUAUGCAGCUGGCCGUUCGGGCCUUCGCCCAGGGGAGGCAGAUCAAGAAAUGCGUCGGCGUCUUCCACCUCUUUCACUCCCACGGGCUGUCGCUCUGCACUGUGAGCGCGCUCAACGCAGUGGUCUCCGAGCUCUGCUCUCGCCGGCUCGUUGACGAGGCCAAGGACGUCGUCGCCAGGUUGAAGGCUUCAAUAAGACCUGACGGCACCACGUACAGCCUCCUAGUCGUUGGAUUCUGCCGGGCAGGGGACCUUGUCAGCGCAUCCAAAGUCUGGAACGCCAUGUCUGAUGAUCGAUUAGAGCCGGAGAUGGCUGCGUACAACGAGAUGAUCGCGACAUUCUUCAAAUUCAAUAGAUCCGGAGAGGCCAUGGCUAUUUUCGAGUGCCUGAGGAAUGGAAAGAUGAGCGAUCUGGACCUCACGAUCUACAGGACCGUGAUCUCGUGGCUGUGCAAGGAAGGGAAGAUCGAACGACCUCUGAUGCUGGUGGCGGAGAUGGUGAAAAGAGGGGUCGGAAUUGACGGUCCCACACUGGGGGCCCUAGCGUACGGUCUCCUCUGCAGGAAGAGGAUCAGCGAAGGUUACAAAGUCCUGCAAGUGACGAGGGGCGAGCCCGAUAUCAGUGUGUACCAUGGUCUCAUCAAAGGCCUCCUUCGGCUGAGGCGAGCAAGAGAGGCCACCCAGGUGUUCAGGGAAAUGACUCAAAGAGGAAUUCGACCCUCCAUGCACACCUAUAUCAUGCUUCUUCAGGGUCUUCUGGGACGAAGAGGAAGGAAGGCCGCCGACCCUGCGGUCAAUUUCGAGACUGUCUUCGUCGGUGGCCUGGUGAAGAUGGGGCGGAUGCUGGACGCCACCAAGUACGUCGAGAGGUCGAUGAGUGGCGGCACGGAGGUCCCCAGGUUCGACUACAACAAGUUCCUUCGAGACUUCUCCAACGAAGGUGGCGUUGUGAUGUUCGAGCAGGUAGGGAGGAGAUUGAAGGAGACGGGGAUGGUGGAUCUUGGCGACGUUUUCUUGAGCUAUGGGGAGAAAAUGGUGACCAGAGACAGGAGGAGAAGUGCUCCCCUUUUGGACGACGAGCCCGAGUUGGACUAA